GGAGUGGGAGCGGCGAGGGUCCGAGCACGGAGCGGCCGCGUCCCGCCGCCAGUGUCCGGUGUCCGGAGCGCGGGGUCCGGCCGCCAGUGUUCGGGGUCCGGAGCCCGGGGUCCAGCCGCCAGGGUCCGGUGUCCGGAGCGCGGGGUCCGGCCGCCAGGGUCCGGUGUCCGGAGCGCGGGGUCCGGCCGCCAUGCGCCGCUCCCUGCUCCUGGCCCUGCUGCGGCCCGUGGGCCCGGUGGUGGUCGGCAUCUCGCUCGGCUUCACCCUGAGCCUGCUGAGCAUCAGCUGGGUGGAGGAGCCGUGCCCGCCCGCCCGGGACAGCCCCGGGGUCCGGGUCCGCAAGGCCAACUCGGUGCCCGCGGGGCCCGAGCCCGACAACACGCAGGACUUCGAGCCCCGGAUCGUCCCGUACAAGGCGGCCAGCCCCAACAAACCGGCCAAGAAAACGGUCAGGUCCCGUUACAUCAGCACGGAGCUGGGCAUUCGGGAGCGGCUGUUUGUGGGUGUCCUCACCUCGAAGACCACACUGAACACCUUGGCGGUGGCUGUGAAUCGGACGAUGGGCAGCCACAUGGACAAGGUGCUGUACUUCACUGGGACGAGGGGGAGAAAGGUUCCUCAUGGGAUGUACAUCGUGACCCAUGGUGAUGAGCGCCCCAUCUGGAACAUGUACCAGACAGUGAAGUACGUGUUUGAGCAUCACGCCAGCGAGUACGACUGGUUCUACUUUGUGCAGGACGACGCGUACACAGAAGGAGACCGCAUCAAGGCUCUGGUUGAGCACCUGAGCAUCGACACGGACCUGUACAUGGGCCGCCCGGAGGAGUUCAUCGGUGGGGACACCGACGGACGUUACUGCUAUGGGGGGUUUGGCUACCUGCUGUCCCGCAGACUGCUGAUCAAAGUCCAGCCGUACCUGGAGAACUGUCGCAACGACAUCCUGAGCGCCCGUCCUGACGAGUGGCUGGGACGGUGCAUCAUCGAUUAUGUGGCCGUCAACUGCGUGGACGAGUACGAGGGCACCCGCUAUCGCUACUUCGAGCUGGGGAAGGCAACAGACCCCGACAGGGAGGAGGACGUGAGGUUCCGGAGCGCACUGACGGUACACCCAGUGCUGGAGCCAGUCCAAAUGUACCAACUGCAUAAGCGAUUCACACAGCUGGAGCUGGAGCAGACCUACCGAGAGAUCCAGGCACUUCAGGCGGAGCUGUGGAACAUCAGCGGGCUGGGCGAGGAGGGGGAGAGGGCGAGCUGGCCGGUGGGCAUCAACCCCCCGUUCCAGCCACGCACGCGGUUCGAGGUGCUGCGCUGGGACUACUUCACUGAGGAGCAGGUCUUCUCCUGCGCGGACGGGGCACCCAAGUGCCAGCUGCGCGGCAUCGACCGGGUGGACGUCAGCGACAUCAUCGAGACGGCGGUGGAGGAGCUGAACCGCCGUUACCAGCCCUCGCUGCACCUGCGCAAGGAGCAGCUGGUCAACGGUUACCGCCGCUUCGACCCCACCCGUGGCAUGGAGUACACGCUGGACCUGCGGCUGGAGGCUGCCACCGACAGGGGCCACAGCCGCUCCAUCACCCGGCGGGUGCACCUACUGCGGCCCCUCAGCAGGGUGGAGAUAAUCCCCAUGCCCUACGUGACCGAGGCCACCCGCGUGCACGUCAUCCUGCCCCUCAGUGCCCGAGAGCGCCAGCAGGCCUCACACUUCAUCCAGAUGUUUGAGCAGACGGCGCUGGAGAGCCAGGAGAACGCUAUCCUCACCCUCCUCUUCAUCUACGACCCUCUGGAAGCCCAGCGCGUCAGUCAGGACGACAUCUUCAGCGGCCUCAAGGCCCAGAUCGCCCAGUGCGAGGAGAGGUAUCCGGGCAGCAAGAUCCCAUGGAUCAGCGUGAAGACCGACUCGCCCUCCCAGAUCAAGAUCAUGGACGUCAUCUCCAAGAAGCACCCGGUGGACACCCUGUUCUUCCUGGCGGGGACCAACAGCCAGCUGAGCGUGGACUUCCUCAACCGCUGCCGCAUGAACACCAUCAGCCAGUGGCAGGUCUUCUUCCCCAUCCACUUCCAGGAGUACGAGCCGGAGGUGGCCUACCGGGACCGGCCGCGGCCCCUCACUGUCGACCUGCUGAAGGACGCCGGGCACUUUGACCGCGAUUCCUUCGAGGCCGCCUGCUUCUACAACGCGGACUACAUGGCGGCGCGGAGCAAAGUGUCAGCGGCCGCACUGGACAACGAGGAGCUGCUGGAGUCCCUGGACAUGUACCAGAUGUUCGUGCAGUACUCCGGCCUGCAUGUCUUCCGUGCCGUGGAGCCGGCACUGCGGCAGAAACACGGGCAGCGAGCCUGCGACCCGCGGGCCAGCGAGGACCUGUACCACCGGUGUGUGCAGAGCAACCUUCAGGGGCUGGGGUCCCGCGCACAGCUCGCCAUGCUACUCUUUGAGCAGGAGCAGGGCCACAGCACCUGAGGGGGGAGGGGGCCUGUUCCCACAGCACCCCCCCUCACCCCCGGGUCUCCCACUGACCACUCUGUCUCCCACUGCCCCCCACCCUCCGGGUCUCCCACUGACCACUCUGUCUCCCACUGCCCCCCGGGUCUCCCCCUGUUCCCCCCACCCCCCCCCAUCUCCCACUGCCCCACCCCAGGUCUUCCACUGUCCCACGGGACUCCCACUGACACCCCCAUCUCCCACUCCCCCCCCCCCAGGUUUCCCACUGCACCCACCCCACUCCCCUCUCCAUCUCCCACCUCCCUCCCCCCACCUGCCACUCUCCCAUUCUACUCCCUCCCACCUCUCCCCUCACUCCCUCCUUCCCUCUCUCCCCCACCCCUCUCUCCCCCACCCCUCUCUCCCCCACCCCUCUCUCCCCCACCCCUCUCUCCCCCACCCCUCUCUCCCCCACCCCUCUCUCCCCCACCCCUCUCUCCCCCACCCCUCUCCUCCCCCACCCCUCUCCUCCCCCAUUCCUCCCUCCCUCAGACCCUGCAUCCUCUUCUACCUCCAACCACAGGUAGCUGCCGAUCCCUCUCUGGUGCCGGGGGUAUGAUUGCGCCCCCAGCCCUCCCCAGCUGCCCGUCCGUAGGGACUGAGGAUCACGAGGAGGGGGGUGAGGGAGAGGGGGAGUGAGAUGUGGGGAAUGGGGGGGCAGAUUGGGCAGAAUCUGAGCCCUCACUCGAGGAAGGGGCCAGGGCGAGUGGAGCCAACCACGAGCUCCCCGAGGGUGGGCUUCGAUGGCUCACGGUCGGGAGCCGGUGAACGGGUCGGUGGGGGCCGAGGAACAGGAACAACACGGCACAGGAAGAGGCCAUUCACCUGUCAGGCUCAGGCCCGCAGGCAGGUCAGAGCAGACCUUCCAUGCUGAAUGCGUUGUCUAUGGGAGCCUCCGCACCCCCCCAUCUCCCUCCCUCCCUCCGCGCACCCCCAUCUCCCUCCCUCCGCGCCCCCCGUCACACACACACACUCUGUGCACCGCCUCGUCUCGCACGCACAGUCCCAGGACAGGGACAGAUUGUUCCUGCCCUUUCUUCGCGGAGCUCUCUCGACACGGAGCUCCCCCUCUCUCCCCGGCCCCAUCAGUCUCCGUGAAGGGACAACGUGAACGUCAGCAGCCGUUGUGGUGAUGGGGAGCACACUGCCGGAAUGGAUUCUCAUCAGACUGAACAGCAACUUUCCCAGGGAAAUUGCCAAAUUAUUUCAAGGGUGCUUUGGACAAGCUGCGAGGAAGAGAAGGGGGGAAUGGGAUUGACACAGUGAUGGUCCGAGGGCCUUUAUCUGUGCCGGAGAGGGAAGACUGGGGCCUUCGGGAAGACCCAGAGUGGGAAAGGAUGAAGGACCUUCCAAAACCGUAGCAAAGGCGGUUUCAAACCCAAUUAUAACCAGCCGGCCAAUGACUGCAGGACUUUGGUAUCGAUGGGACUGGGCUGCUGUCUGGUCAGGAGGUCUCUUUUCCAUGUAUAACUUGACCAAAGAAAUAAUGUACAUUACAUUCAGGGGCCUGAAGGUGGGGCAGACAGUCUGCGCUCCUGUCUGGAGUUUGGCGGAGGAGGGUCUCAGACAACGGCCCCUCUCCGUCUCUCUCGCUCCAUUGUGUGACCCAUUGCAACCUGGGGGCAGCAGAACGACAGCUCGGGUCACGGGGCAACCUUAACCUUGCGCCUGAACUGACUCCACUUUGGGUUUUGUUGAUGCAUUUGGGAAUUCUGCAAAGUGUCUGCACUGAGCCUGUGGAAUUCGCAGCGGUAAAACGCAGAACUGAGACUGUACAGGUACAUUGUGGGAGCUGCAGAACCACACACAGUCCAGGUGUGCCCACUGCAGGACCACUAGGUCCAGAUGUGAUCAUUGCGGGACCACAGCCUCGCACAGACUGGGUCUAAGCCUGAGUUUCAGCUUAUUGAGCUGGGCGCCAGUUGAAUUCCCAAUCAUCAACUCCAUCUCCAGAGGAAGAAAUGAAACCAGCUUCCAGCUUUUGAAUUUAUUUUGCGAAUAUUCAGACCACGACAAUGAUAUAAUCCACAUUGUUUCCAAGUAUUUUAUAACGAACAGCAAUAAAAACAUCUACAACA